UUGAAACGAUUUGUGCAAAUUUCUCCACAAACUUAUCAAGUGGACCAAAUCGUGUGCAGAUAAGAGUUUUAUGAAUGAAUAACUCGCUGAAGAUGCAUUGGGAACAUCAAGCGAGCAUUUUCAGCGAUAAAUAACGCCACUAAACGGCACCCGCCGUCAGCCGCGCCAGCCAACAUCUUGCGGCGCAAAAAUGUCAAAAAAAUCACGUAGCCACCGACAACAUCGCCGCCAAGCACCGCAGCGAUAAAGCACCAACGCGACAACGCCAAAGCAAAGCGAAAUGCGAAAUGGCGCAUUUGUGCGCAGCAGACAAGAAAAUAUGGAAUCAACACAAUUAUCGCCACAACACCUGACCCAGCAAAAUACAUAAGUAGCAUUUACGAUGCGGUUGGCGCUAUGCAUGCACACGGCGACGCAAUUGCAUGCGAGCGAGCAGCACAAGUUUGGAAAAUUAAUGGCCGCUGGCUGUGCGCGAGCACCUUCUGCAGAAAUGCGAGACCGAAAAGAAUUGCACGCACCCGCCAUAGCAGCUGGUUUGUGACUCUCGGGUCGCUGGAGGGGUGCGACGCGGCACAAUCUCAGCACGUGAAAAUUUGAUAUGAAAAGUUCAAGCGACAGUUGGGAACGUGCGAUACAGCUGGCUACCUCAUUGUGGCUGCGGAGUGCAUAUAAAACCAUUACGGUCGCAGCAUCUGACGAUUAGUCAAGGCGAAACCUAAAGCCAUUGCAGCACAGACGUGCAACGCCAAACCAUUGAAUUCUAACCGCUGCCAUACGCGGUUUUAUAUUUGUCGCCACACGCUCGAUACUGUUACAACACAUAACACAGUUACAGCACUGCUUUAGCGCUCCAACAUAAUACCCAGAGGAGACAAUGCUGGCAUCGCAUGGCUUACUACACGUGCCCCCAGGCCAACGCGUCGCCUACGCCGCAAUUCACUUUUGGCUACUGCUCACCCAACUGAUGAGUGCGGCCACGGUCAGCAGCAGCAGAGCCUCAGCAUCCAGCGAGCAGUCGCCGCUUCAAGCACCACCUCCACCGCCAGCAUUGAUGGACACAGCGUUGACAAACUGCGGCGACGAAGACAACCCUAAAUGGCGGCCCGUUUGUGCCACGGCGAACGGUGUGGACUAUGUGCUCUUUGGCAGUGAAUGUUUGCUGAGGCAAGCCAACCGUGAGCGCCACCACUCGGACGCAGGGGAUGCGAGCCCCGGUGAGUUCCACCCACCUGUGCAACACGAACUUUAUGUGCCACUGUGUCGCGCGAUUAAUGUACUAGUUUCCGAAAUUGCUUGCAUUGUAGUCACUUCUUUUAUGCGAAAAGUUUUUAGGGAAAUUGCGUUGGGAUUCUGCCGGCCGAGUUGCGGCCUUAUAAUUUGCGAAGGCAACGAGCAGGCGAUUUGUGCCCGAAAUGUAAACAGUGGCGAAGUUCGGCGCUUUGGUGGACUCUGUGACAUGGCGCGCGAUGUAUGCGUCAACGACAAUGAUUGGCAAUUGAUCUCCGAUGAUGCUUGUGUCCAGUCGCUGAGGAGUCCAGCCCCUACUUUGCCAGCUCCAACCACCGAAGCUACUCCGCUCAAAGCAUCUAAAGGAAAGUCCUUUACUAAAAUGAAAAAAAUAAAACACGGACAAGAUGUUAGAGAAGGGAAGAUGAGCAAGUCCAUACCAUGCCCCAAGGUAUUUAACCCGGUCUGCGCUGAACUCUUUGGCGUCAAGGCGACAUUUAUCAACGAAUGUCUUGUGAAUGCCGAGAACGUAAGAUUUAACAAAGACUGGAAAAUUUUCUCGGAGGGCGUUUGCGCAGAAGACUAUGCGAGUUCCGAAACACACAAAAAUGCGAUUAGCAAGCGCAGCACGGUGGGCAGUGCGACUGUUACAUUCCAACUGAACGCACCCGAGCCGCAAUUGAACAGUGAUGUCAUAUGGACACCAAAUAUCGAAAACACCAACUAUAUGAAUGAGGAUGUUUUCAGCUCACAUGGAGGACAAAUGAGAAGCAUGUUGCAGUACAACCAGCCUUUCGGGGGGCGGCAUAGCGAACAGUCGUCCUUGGACGCAACGCCACACAAUAUACGCAUCCUGCCAGUGGUGAAUGAUCGUGUGUCGGUCUGUAAAUUUGGCGCUGGUCCCGUUUGUGGGAGUUCAUCGCAGAACUCGCUGCAUAAGUUUGACAAUAUAUGCGAGCUUUUACUGAGAAAUAUCAUUUUAAAUGAAUCUUGGGUUGUGGUUAACGAGGGCAAAUGCCGUAGAUGUGUCUUGAAUUGUACUACAGACUAUGAUCCCAUAUGUAUCUCACGCAAUGGUGUUAAUUACACCAUAAUCAACCAAUGCCAUCUGGAUCACGCUAUUUGUCGAAAUAAUUACAACAACUGGAAGAUACUAGGCAAAGGAGAGUGCAAAAAUGUCUUAAAAAAUAUUCAAUCGGGCCAAGAUAAUUACAUCAAAGUAACCGCAGUGAAUCAAAAUGAAGACUACUUUCCUAGGCACACACGGAAAAUUCUCGAAUUCUUAUCAGUAAAAGCAGCGGAAAGUCAGAAAAACGAAAGCCUACCCGGCGUUCCUGACCAAACGCCUUCACUAGAGGUUUUCUCUGUGGAAUCCCAUAGCUCCAGCUCCAGCGAACUUUUACUUCCCAACACUACAUCACGGCCCAGCGAGAACACCACACUUAAGACUCAUAUAAUGAAUUUAUGGCGGAGCUCGAAAAGAAAAUCGCCCUCCUCUAGAAGAAAGAGAAAUUAGUAAUAAGUUUAAUUGCAGAACAGCCAACUAGUUUUAUAAUUCAAAUUCAGCAACCAAAUAAUUUAUUGUUUAUAAGUUUUGUAUUUUUUUAGAAACAUAAAUAAAAAGUUUAAAAUUCAAAUAAUAAAAGCGUUUCAC